UAAAUCAUAACGGCUUCAGUUUUAAAUCGCAUCAACACUUUAUUACCCGUUGCCGUUAGCUAACUCAGUUGUGAAAGUAACCUGAAAGGUUAUCUAAUAACUCAAGAACACCGUACAAGGGGACAAUUUGACCACAGAUAGUUAUCUGCUUUUUUCUGAGUUUCUGUGCUUGAAAAACUCAUCAUGACUGAUUGUAAGAGACAGAAGGACAAGCAGAGGGAACAGCCUUUCAAUACAGAACAAGGACUUCACUCCACGGAUGAGGGAAAGUUGCCAUACCCAGCCCUGGCCCCUGUGGUCUUCUCCUUCUUGAAACAAACCACAUGGCCACGUAACUGGUGUCUGUUCAUGGUCAGUAAGCCGUUUUUUGAUUACGCAUCUUUACUGAUGGUCCUGCUCAACUUUGUGCCUCUGGGCAUGUAUAAGCCCUGUGGAGAGAUGAGUGAAAACCUACAGGCAUUGGAUUCUUUUUUCUUUGCAUUCUUUCUAUUGGAAAUGAUCAUCAAGACAGUGGCCCUGGGGGUCUUUGGUCAUAAAGGGAGUUACCUCAGCAACAACUGGAACAAGUUAGAUUUCCUCAUCAUCUCUGGAGAGGUGUUGGAUCAUAUCCUGGCCUCCCUUGGCAUCUUGUCGGGGUUACACAUGUUUCAAACACUCAGGCCAAUGCGACUGAUUGGCAGAGUACCAAGUAUGCGAGUCUUGGUGACAGUGAUUGUCGACACCCUGCCCAUGCUUGCAAAUGUUCUCGUCCUCUACAUCUUUUUCAUCCACAUCUUUGGCGUUGUGGGAGUCCAGAUGUGGGCAGGGCAGCUGCGCAACCGCUGCUUCCCGGGAGAGGUUAUCCCCACAAAAUACAACAUUUCCCUAAGUCCAUACUAUGUGACCAAGCAUGGUGAAAAAAGUCCAUUCGUGUGUUCACCUGAUGACAAGAAUGGGAUGGUGCGCUGCCGUGAUGUGCCGCCUUACACCGAGGAUGGGGUUACCUGCUCAUUGGACCCUCACCACCAUGAUUCAGCUACAGAGGAGCCAGUCCCUGCUGUGGUUGGGGCCAGUACCAACAGCUGUGUAAACUGGAACUUGUACUACAACGUCUGUCGCGCCGGGGACCUCAACCCUCAGAUGGGAGCUAUCAAUUUUGAUAACAUCGGCUAUGCCUGGAUAGCCGUCUUCCAGGUUGUCACACUGGAAGGAUGGACAGAGAUCAUGUAUUAUGUUAUGGAUGCAAACUCCUUCUGGAGUUUUGUAUUUUUUACAUUGGUCACUAUUAUGGGCUCCUUUGUCAUGAUGAACGUGUGCGCUGUUGUCAUCGCCACCCAGUUCUCAGAGACCAUGGAGAGGGAGGUAGAGGAGCCGCAUUCCGGCUUGUCUGUCAAGAAUCUCUUUGAAAAGUUCAUCAGCUUCACCUCCUGUAUAUACAACAGACUUUGGAACAACAAGGUGAACCCUGAGAGAUGGAACAAUGCCUCAUCGGUUGAAGGUCACGGGCAAUGGUACGAGAACAGGAGCAUACUGAGUCUGUACUGGAAACAAGCCAAGGAAAAACUCAAGAGGGUCGUUAAAAGUAAAUUCUUCGACCGAGCAAUCAUGUUGGCUGUUUUACUCAGUGUUCUCACAAUAGCCAUAGAGCACCAUAAGCAGCCUAAGGUGUUGACAGAUGUGUUAAAGACCAGCAACAUCAUCUUCACCAUUAUAUUUUUCAUGGAGAUGGUCCUAAAGCUGAUGGCUCUCUCGUGGUCAUACUUUAAAGAUAAAAACAACAUCUUUGACUUUGUCAUCGUUAUCAUCAGUUUGUGGGAGAUAAUUGCUAAAGCUGAUGGCAGGUUGUCAGCGCUGCGUGCAUUUCGCCUGCUACGGUUUGUGAGGCUAGUUCACUUCCUCCCUUACCUGAGGAAACAACUGCUUGUGCUGAAAAGGACCAUAGAGAAGGCAGCCGCGCUCUGCAUGCUGCUGCUAUUUGCCACCUUUACUUUUAGCGUACUGGGUAUGCACCUGUUUGGAUGCCAAUUUAGCUUCAAGACGGUGCACGGCGACACCAUCACUGACCGCAAAAACUUCGACUCACUCCUCUGGUCCAUGGUCACUGUAUUCCAGAUUCUUACUCAUGAGGACUGGAAUCUAGUCCUAUACAAUGCCAUGACUGCCACCUCACCAUGGUCCGCUCUCUACUUUGUGGCUCUCAUUAUUUUUGGAAAACAUGUGCUCCUCAACGUACUUGUGGGCAUAGUUGUUAAGAGCUAUCAGGCGAAGCACUCCUCCAGUUUCUCAGACUCCUCUCUCUCACUCUGUGGGCCCACCAGCUCCACUACAACCAGCUCUUCUCCUGAGACAGACAUUUCACCCACAGAUAACAAUGAGGAAAAUACCUCCAGUUCCUCAGACUCCUCUCUCUCACUCCGUGGGCCAGUCCGCUCCACUGCAAUCAGCUUACCUCCUGAGACAGACUUUUCACCCACAGAUAACAACAAGAAAGAUACCUCCAGUUCCUCAGACUCCUCUCUCACACUCCGUGGGCCCACCAGCUCCACUGCAAUCAGUUUACCUCCUGAGAAUGACUUUUCACCCACAGAUAACAACAAGAAAGAUACCUCCUCCAGUUCCUCAGACUCCUCUCUCUCACUCCGUGGGCCCACCAGCUCCACUGCAAUCAGUUUACCUCCUGAGAAUGACUUUUCACCCACAGAUAACAACAAGAAAAAUACCUCCUCCAAUUCCUCAGACUCCUCUCGCUCACUCCGUGGGCCCAUUAGCUCCACUGCAAUCAGUUUACCUCCUGAGAAUGACAUUUCACCGACAGAUAACAAUGAGGAAAAUCAAUCCUCCAGUUCCUCAGACUCCUCUCGCUCACUCCGUGGGCCCACCAGCUCCACUGCAAUCAGUUUACCUCCUGAGACAGACAUUUCACCGACAGAUAACAAUGAGGAAAAUACCUCCUCCAAUUCCUCAGACUCCUCUCGCUCACUCCGUGGGCCCAUUAGCUCCACUGCAAUCAGUUUACCUCCUGAGACAGACAUUUCACCGACAGAUAACAAUGAGGAAAAUCAAUCCUCCAGUUCCUCAGACUCCUCUCGCUCACUCCGUGGGCCCACCAGCUCCACUGCAAUCAGUUUACCUCCUGAGACAGACUUUUCACCCACAGAUAACAAGAAAAAUCAAUCCUCCAGUUCCUCAGACUCCUCUCUCUCACUCCGUGGGCCCACCAGCUCUACUGCAAUCAGUUUACCUCCUGAGAAUGACAUUUCACAGACAGAUAACAACAAGACAGAUAGCCCGUCAAGACCCGAGCAACACUGCUCUGACUCUGUGCCCAGUGAAUCCACCAUGAUUAACGCAGCCCCUGAGGAAGACUCUGCACCUGCAAACAAAGACAAUGAGAGGCGGCUGAUGCGUAACUUCCCAUGGAUCCAGAAAGUACUCCGCUGGUGCAAAGCACAUGAAGAGUGGUCAUUCUAUGUGUUGUCUCCACAGAACAGGUUCCGCAACUGUUGCCAACAUGUGAUCUCGCACAAGAUGUUCGACCACAUGGUUCUGCUCUUCAUUCUCCUAAGCUGUGUCACCAUUGCUAUGGAGAGGCCUGGAAUAGACCCCAAAAGCAUGGAGCGAUGGAUCCUGAAAAUGUCCCGUUACGUAUUCUCUGCUGUGUUUUUCGUAGAGAUGCUUUUUAAGGUUCUAGCUCUCGGUGUGGUGAUUGGGAAGGAGAGUUAUUGCAAGUCUUCCUGGAAUAUCAUGGAUGGCUCAUUAGUGAUUCUGUCUGUAGUCCACAUCUUUGUCUCUCUGGUCAAUACGGACAAAAAUAACGUGUUGGGCAUGGUGAAAGUUCUACGCCUGCUCCGUGCACUUCGCCCACUGAGGGUGAUCAAGCGAGCCCCGAGGUUGAAGCUGGCUGUGGAGGCCCUGAUUGCCUCGGUUAAACCCAUUGGGAACAUUGUUCUCAUUUGCAUCGUCUUCUUCUUUUUCUUUGGCAUCCUUGGUGUGCAGCUGUUCAAAGGGAAGUUCUACUAUUGUGUCGGACAGGACACACGUGCCAUCACCAACAAGACUGACUGCCUGUCGGCCAACUAUCGCUGGGUACGGAAGACAUACAACUUUGACGACCUGCUUCAGGCUCUGUUGUCCUUGUUUGUAAUGUACUCUAAGGACGGCUGGGUCAACAUCAUGUAUGAUGGACUGGAUGCUGUAGGAGUAGACAUACAGCCUGUGAGGAACUACAACAGAUGGAUGCUUGUUUUUUUCAUCUCAUUCAUGAUUGUGAGCAUCUUUCUGCUGGAUAUGUUUAUCGGGGUGAUGGUGGAGACCUUCCACGAGUGUAUGAACAAGCAAAAGACAGAUGAAGCGUUACCAGCCAAUGAAGAAGAAAUAGUGGAAGACCAGACCAACAGAGGUGCUGAUCCUGAACAGGCGCCUUAUUACGCACACUACUCACCCCUGCGUCAGUCUAUUCACACUCUGUGUACCAGCGACUUCCUGGACCUCUUCAUGACUGUUAUCAUCAUCAUCAGUGUGUUGAUUAUGGCGUUUGAACAUUAUAACCAACCGAAGUAUGUAGAGAAGCUGAUGGAGUAUUCAUACUAUGUGUUCACUGCCAUUCUAAUCGCUGAAAUCCUGCUGAAGAUUGUGGCGUUCGGUGCACUGAGGUUCAUUAAAAACAGGUGGAAUCUGCUAGACGUCGCUAUAGUCGUGGUCUCCGUCAUCAGCAUCAUUUUCACAGAGAUGAAGAUGGCAGAUGCAAUUCCCAUCAACCCCAGCAUCCUUAGAGUCUGCAGAGUGCUCAGACUAGCACAAGUGCUGAAGGCAAAAAAGAUAAGAGUUCUGCUGAAAACUGUUAUCAAGACACUGUCACAGGUUGGAAAUCUUUGUCUUCUCUUCACAUUCUUCUUUUUCAUCUACGCUGCCUUAGGAGUCGAACUCUUCGGCAAGCUAGAAUGCACUGAAGACAACCCGUGCCUGGGCUUACAUCGAUAUGCCAACUUCAGGCACUUCGGGAUGGCUCUGCUUACACUCUAUAAAGUCUGCACGGGAGACAAUUGGAGUGGGAUUAUGAAGGACACGCUGAGGGAAUGUCACGCAGGUGACGACUGUGUGAGCUACCUGUCAUGGGUCUCACCAGUCUACUUCACCAGCUUUGUAAUAAUGGCUCAGUUCGUGCUGGUGAACCUGGUGGUGGCAUCGAUCAUGCAAGCGCUGGAGGAAAGCAACGAGAAGAACCCUACUAACUUCUGUCUCCCCCUGGAGGAGGAAGAACUGCGGGAAAUUGAGCAGGCCUCGCAGUCUCCAGGGCCUCCGGAUCCGGCUCCGGAUCCAGCUCCGGAUCCGGCUCCGGAUAUGGCCCCGGCUCCGGCUCUGGCUCCGGCUUAUCCGGCCUUGAGGUCAACAGAGAAAUUCCGAGCUCAUGUAACGACUGUCUUGUUUUAAGCAGGAUAUAAAUAUGUGUAAAUAAGAUUGUAUAUACCUGUAAAUUUGUUUAAAUGCCACAUGUUUGCUUUUUGUUCCUCUCUUGGCUUAUUUAAUUGUAAAAGAAGGCUUUUUAGAAAAUUAAUUAACUCUUCAAUCCUUAUUUUCAUGAUAUUUUCUUGUUGUUUUCUUGUAAUUCUAGUAAUAAUAUGAACUGUAAAUGAGAUUGUAUAUUUUUGUAAAAUGCCACAUGUUCCUUUUGGUGGCUGCUCUUAUUCUGGAAUGAAUGUUUUGUACAUGGUUUUCUUGUUUUAAACACUACAACUAUAAAUUGUUAUAGAAUAUAUUAAUGUGUAAAUAUGGUGAGUUGUGAGUUAUAAAUGUGUAUGAUGAUUUUGAUUGAAUAAAUUGAGAAAACCUGAUUUA